AUGGACGAGUCUUUGUUGGAGCGUGAGGAGGUCGGCAGGGACCGAAGUUCAUGCUAUGCAGCUCUGUGGUUGUGCUGCCAUCUCCGUUCCGGCGGCCGUUGGGAUGGCUGUGGGCGAUUGACUGCCUUCUUCUGUCUGUUCACUGUUGCGUUCUGGAUUGGUGUCACGAGGAAUUUGUACUGCGAUCCAGAUGUCUUGCAGAAUAUCCGGCCGCCUUUCGAUGGCCAGCUGAUGCCGGCAAACAUAACAUUAGUUGAGAGGAAAUACUUGCUCAUCCAGUUUACCAAGUUGGUUGACGUUUACGAUGCGACCCAUGCACACAUCGGAUAUUUCUACGACAUCAAUCUGUUCAUCAUCAUGCGCUUCGGAUUCUCAGAUGCGAAUGGCCGGAUUUGGUUCGAGGCACGCUAUGCGUCCUUCCUGUCGCGCUUCAAGCCAAUCAUCGAGUACAACCUCCAGCGCUGUGAUGUGGGAGGAGUUGGAAGAACAUCCUUGCUUUACGAACUCAAAGAAGUGUGGUGGAAAGAAUCGUAUUGGAGAUGCUUCGUCAAUUGCAGCAGGCUCUUCAACCUGGCGGAGCGCACGGCAUCCACUCAAGUUCGUGAGAGACUCAUACCGGAGGCCAACUUCGGCCUGGAUCCGACGUUCCAGGUUUCCUUCGACGGCUGGCUGGCGCCAACUCUCCGGGGCCAAAUCACCGGACCAGUCUCCUCGUUCGGUACUGGAGUCCGGCAAGUGUGGUCGAUGCAUCUCAAGAAUGCGACAGACGGGGAGCUUGUGGCUAAAGCGAAGCAGCACUUUGUGAUCGGCACUGCAAGUCAGGACAUGAGAGUUCUUUCACGGUGGAAGGUGGUGACCGUGAGACAGUCUGAGCUUCCGAACUGGGUCAUCGGCUUCCUGGCCGUUCUUGACGACAUCGACUCUACGCUUUCACAGCAUGGGCAUGUAGCGUACCAGAUUGAUCGCUGA